GGCGCAAGGAGGAGCGCAAGCGCCGGGCGAGGGAGGCGGAUGAGUUCUUCUCCCGUUCUGAGGGCCAGCGCCGAGCCGCCCCCGCGACCGACCCCGGGCUGCUCAAAUUCGCGGGGCAGCAGCUGCCGCGGCCCACCAACCCCGGGGGGGCGCGCGGGGAGGACUGGCUGCGUGUGAGCCUGGACCCCAAGAAGAGGGCGAGCAGCUGGCUGGAGCAGGGGCAGAUCAGGUUCGAGCUGGAGUACCGGCGCGCCUCCGACCCGCCCACCGUCCCAUGGGUCACUCUGUCCUCCGACUCGUCCGCCACGUUUGACGUCACUGGGCUGUCAGCAGCCACCAAGUACGUGUUCAGGGGCCGAGCUGGGGCCCGAGUGGCGCAGGCGGGG